AUGAUGGAAAACAGUGACUCUGAAUCAUCUGUUGAUCAUAACAGUUUUGCUUCAGUAAUUAAUCUGUAUGAACAACGGAGUGUGAAUACGGUCACACCAAUAAAUAUGCACAGUAAUAUACAAAACAAUAAAGAAAUUUGUGUCCUCAGAAAAGAGUCUUCUCAGAAUCUUGAUGACAUACAGUUACCUGCUGGUCCACAUGUAUCAGAUUUAGAAAACCGCUCUUCGAAUAAUUCAGAUGAUGCUCACGUUCAAGAGGAUAAUACCAUUCCAUUAAAUUUCACCCCUAUGUACCUCAGUGACAAUUCAAAAAGUAUUGAAACACCAUUUAAAUUGAAAGAGGAUUUGUCUUCAAGUCGAAAUUUAUUAUUCACUGAGAAAAACAUCUAUGCAAAUUCACCGACAUUAUUUCCUCUGGAUACUAUAACCAAUUUGCAUAUUCCACAGUAUAGACCAUUACCUCCGCAUAAAUUAGGCAUUAUAUCAGAAGAUUUAAGUUCAGCAUUUCCUGUCUUGGAUUUUGUCUCACAAAGACAACAUCACCAUCAGCAAGAACAUCGACAAAACAAUUGUAUGUCAUCAAUAUCAACAUCAUCAGCAACAAUGACUGCAGACAUUUCAGUGGCAUUAUCACCAUCCUUAGUUAAUACGUCACUAACAAAUUAUGAAAAUCAACAAAUGAAUACUUUUGACAACCUAUUAACACAUUCAUAUGAUAAAGGUUCUAUGCGAUUAUCCUUUUUUGAUAAUACAAGUCAAAAUUAUCCUGUUUAUUACAAUCAAAGAUAUCUGAUCACAAUAAAUCGCAGUGUGAAUAGAGGAGAUCAGUUAUCUUCAGCAAAAUUUUCACAUCCUGGAGGUGAUUCAGGCAUCAGUAAUACAAGUCCAGAUACUUAUAGCCUUUCAGAACCGGGCCUCGUCACUUCAAUACCUCAAUAUCCCUUGGAUACCAGUGACAAUUACCAGCAAAGAAAGACCUAUGUCUCCUCACAAACUGUACCAAACCAUACACUGGAUUAUGUUUCUGUACCCAAAAGUGAUAAUAAUCAUAAAUCACGACAUAAAAUAUUUUCAGAUCCUUAUACAAUACGUAAUCAAUAUCUAAUUACUACCAGAGAAAUUUUGGACGAAAAUGUCUGUAAGCCCAGCACUUCAACCAACUAUUCUUACAUAAAAAGGAAGAGAAGUUAUGAUAAAAAACUUCAUAAGAUCUGGCAAACGUAUGAAAAUCGCUUAAAUGACUUCAAUGAAAUUACUUCAUCUUCAUCCUUGUCAUCAUCAGCUUCAUUGGGAUCUUCGUCUACAUCACCUACACCUUCAUCGUCAUCGUCAUCCUCGACGUCAACCGAUUCAUCAAGAAAUGAAUUAUUUUUUGUCAGUUUAAAUAAAACCUGUAGAAGUGAAUUACCUGAUAAUGACAAUGAUAAUUGUCAACGAGAUGUAGUUAGUAAAGGAAUAAUACAUCAUACACAAUCUUCUACUGCUACUUUUCAGUCAGUUGGUAAAAGAGAAUAUAAAGUCAGACGGAAAUUAAAGAAAAACAAUAAAAACUCUUCUGUUGUUGAUGAAAGCAAUAAACAAAUCACUAAUCUGAUCAAGAUAAUUUACGGGAUUUUACUAACUACUAUUGGAUUUCUGUUGAUCUGUGCACAAAUUGGAGGAAAUUACACAGUAUCAGUUGUCUUAGAGGCUUUUAUCAACUUCCUUCUGGUUGGACAACUUUUAUAUUUUAUAACGUUCUAUAUUACCAACUAUUAUAAGACAUGCAGUUCAUACUGUAGUUGUUAUUUGUCGAAAAGUAGUCGAUACAAUCUACAUCAAUUUCCCUAUCAUCAAAAUAAAAAAACUAGUUCACUAUUCAAAAGCAAAUGGAAUCAAACAAGGAAGGAUAGUCAAGUAGAUCAUUUUAAAUCAUGUCAGAUCAUCAGCCAGAGUAAUAUUGGCCAUCAAAAUCAAGGCAUAGGAUCUUCUAAAAAGUCUAUUGUUAUAUUCCAACCAGAUAAUUCACAGUGUUAUAAACUGGCAACAUUUAAAAAGGCAAAAAUGCAACAAUCUCAGGCUGAUAUUAUGAAUCAGAAGAAGAGCACGUUUUCAAAUGAUAAACACAUGAAACAUGUACAUUCUACACCUAAACUAAAUUUACGCUGUGAAUACAUAAUUCAAGGAUGUUUCUACAUUGGAAGUUUAGUCAGUGUGAUUUAUUAUACAAAUAUAUUUGUUAAAAUAUUUUAUACUGGUGUAUUGAAUACUAAUUUGGAAAUAUUUUGGCCAAUAAAUAAGAAUACUUGGAAUCAGUACACAAAAGUCAAUACAGGUCAUGACAAGAAGAAUAAUAUCAUAACAACAAAAAUUGAUGAUCAGCAUCAUCAUGAUUAUGACAAUCAACAGAAUAAUAACUAUCAUGGCGUCAACUUUAUAAAAAAUAUUUACAGUUAUAAUUAUAAUAACUUUUAUUCAUACAACUUAAUCCCUGAUGGUCUAAUUAUGCUAAAGAACAGUCCAUUCAUGAUACAUCCUAAUAAUAAUUUAAAUGCUACAGUAUUUAAUAAUUAUAUGAACACUACAAUUACUGAAUCAUUUAAACAAAAUACCAGUGUUCAACAGAUUAUUUACUUGAAUUGGUUACAGUUAGCCAACAAUGCAUUAUGGAUUCUACUGAUCAUUAUACAGAUACCAUUUAUGAUAAGAUUAAAAAAAACGUUUCCAAAAAUGCUGAGACCGUAUAGUGGCCUGUUAUUCGUGCAUAUUAUCGCAGCAAAUCUAAUUGGUUGGUUUUAUGUAACUUAUGAAGGAACUGAAAACUACAUCAACACGUAUAAUGACAAUAUACAGAAUAGGACAAAAGAAAUCAAUGAUAGUUCAUCAAAAAAUUUUGCUAAAUUUUGGACUCUACAAGUGAAUCGAAACCCAAAUGCUUACCUUCUCAACGCCGUUGCACAGUCGCAUAUUUUCAUCGUGGUCUUAUUAUGGAUUAAUUGGAACACUCAGAAAUUGGUCAGAGUAAUUCUAGAUGCCGAGAUUAAUGAACCUAAAAGAAAUCGUCUUGUUCACUGGGAGAAAGAAGAUUAUUCAUCUCCAUCAUCUAUUAAUCAACCAGAUCCAUUGAUGGACUUACAAAUACCCGAACAACAUCGAAAUUAAAUUAUCAUUAUUAUUAUUAUUACUUCC